CUGGAUAGACUGGACACCCCUGGCAUAAAUUAAAAGUGUUGAUUAGCUGUCCAAGCUCAGACUGCUGGGAUACUCUCACAGAUAAUUAACAUAAGUAAUUCGAACAAAUGUCUGUUUAAAACGCCGCUCGAAAAUGCGGUGAUUAACGUGGUUAAUGACGUCACACGGCUGGAACUUCAUUAACGACUAGUUAAGUAGGCGGAGACUCCUGAUUCAAUUAGGACUGGAGACACAAUAAAAGACAGAUGGCGCAGCCUAGCUAAAUGUUGGUGUAUGCAGUUUGGGAACAAUGGUGACUACAGGGGUAAGUUUGGUGGUUUUGGGGCUUUUUCUUGCCUUUGGCUGUGUGAGCAGUAUUCCUGCAGCCCCAACAAAUGUGAAGAAGCCAUCUCAGGAUUCUCCGCUUCCUGGGAAGCCCACUGUGCCGCCACAGAUGUCUGGCCAGGUUCAGAAAUGCCAAGUGCAAGACUAUGAAAGAGUCCCUUGUGGAGAACCUGGCAUCAAGGCUGCUCGGUGUAAUACUAUAAACUGCUGUUUUGAUGGUCAACAGUGCUAUUAUGGGAAAACUGUGACCGUGCAGUGUACCCUUGAUGGCCAGUUUGUGUUGGUGGCAGCCAGAGAUACAACCCUUCCCAGGAUAAGCCUGGAGUCCAUCAGCAUGUUGGGAGGAAAUGCUGGACCCUGCAGUCCUGUUGACUCAAAUGCAGCCUUUGCUAUUUACCAGUUUCCUGUGACUGCUUGUGGGACAACCAUGAUGGUGAAGGGUGGCUAUGUCAUCUAUGAAAACAGGAUGGUCUCUUCCUAUGAAGUUGGGGUUGGACCCCGUGGCUCAAUCACACGAGACACUCAUUAUGAGCUGUACUUCCAGUGUAAAUAUUCAGGUGUUGGCUUGGCUGCUUUGUCUAUUGACCCUGCAGCCAAUGUUGAUCCUCUGCCCCUUGUUGCUUCUGGACCUCUCCAAGUAGAACUAAGACUAGGAAAAGGUCAAUGUGUCACAAAGGGUUGUGUAGCAGAACAAAUAGCCUAUAACUCCUACUACAGUGCUCUUGACUACCCUGUGACUAAGGUUCUGAGGGAACCGGUGUAUGUUGAGGUGCGCAUUGUGGGCAGAACUGAUCCGAAUAUUGUCCUGGUUUUGGGAAGCUGCUGGGUGACUGCUGCUCCUAACCCCUACAGCCUUCCCCAGUGGGACCUUUUGGUGAAUGGGUGUCCAUACAAGGAUGACCGCUACUUGACCAGGCUGAUCCCAGUGAAUGGAACAUCCAGACUUGCGUACCCUACCCAUUACAGACGCUUUGUCCUGAAGAUGUUUACGUUUGUGGAUAAGACCUCCAUGGCUCCACUGCAGGAGACGCUCUACAUCCACUGCAGUACAGCUGUGUGCCUUCCAAAUGCACUGGACUCUUGUGAACCGAUGUGCACCAGAACAAAAAGAGCCGUUUAUGCUGCAGUGGAAGAAGGCUCUUCUCAGACAUCAGGACUAGUGUCUAGUGGAGAAGUGAUCUUCACCCAAAGUUCUUCUCAGUUUGUUUAUUGAAGCUGUGCAAAAUAAAAGUAUUUGACUUUCAAAA